AUGGAGCACCUCCCCGACAGUCUCUUGGCCGACGUGUUCGCGCUCCUAGCGGCCCGAGACGUCCUGCACGUCACGUCCACCUGCCGCGCGCUCUCGGUCUCCACCCCCAGCGUCCAGUUGGCCUUGCAGCGCGCCAUCACGCGUCGAUUUGCCGCCGUCACGAGCUUCUUCUCGUCCUCCACCAGCCACUGGCCACGUCCGCUUGUCGUGCUUCGCGGCGCUGAGCUGCUGCGGAUCAAGGAGCUCUUGGCUCGCUGCUCAGCCUCUCCCUUUGAAGACGCGGCGUCCUGCGCUUCCAGCUCCGUCGUCAUCAGUCGCGCGUGGCUCGGCGCCUACAAGAAACGCUGCCAGGCAUUUGAGCACUUUUUGCAGCAGUUUCGACGCACAAAACGGCAGCAACGACGGCAGAAAAACGCACUUAAGACCAAGGAACAACUCGUGGGACUCGAGAUGCCCAAGAGCUCGGCUUAUGCUGCGCUCGUGGAGGCCGGCGCGAUGAUUGUGUGUGCCCAUGAUGCACUGCUGCCAGCUACGCAGUGUGUGGGUCGCAGUCGACGCGCCAUUGUCAGUGGUGACGCGUUCCAAGAGAUUGCAGUCUAUGCACCAGAGUUGAGGGGGUUUCCACUCGAGUCGUGUCGUGACUGUUCGGUCUGUGUGCAGGAGCACGAGACUCGAGAGCUUGAGGUCGAGGAGAAGAAACGAGUGAGGUUUGAUGAGGAAAUUGCUGGCUCGGACGAGAUGCUCGAGCUGCUGCAGAGGAAGAAUGGGUACCCAAAGGGACUGUUCUCGCCUGUGGACUUGGCAGGGAGCAGACACCAGCAGUUGGCGCCGCAUUUGUCGGUGACUGGACGGAGCAAAUAUGCCACGUACUUUUUAGUGCCAAAGAAGUGGCUGAACAAGUGGAGAAAGUUUGUGCGGAGUCAAGGCGGGGGAAAUCCCGGGCCGGUGCUGAAUGCCGAGUUGGUCUGUCUGUCGCAUCAGAGGACGAUUGUACCGCCCUACAUUUCGCUGUUCUUGUCGGGGUUCUCGCUGGAACAGUCCCUCAAGGCUACGCAAAUUCUUGGAACUGCCCCUACUCGUCAAUACGAAAUCGUAACUUUCGGCGAGUGGGAAGCUCUGUACAACCGGUACUGUGCUGAGUUUGCUGUCGGCUUUGAUGUUGUCAACGGGGCGUAUCACUGGCGAACUCAAGAAUGUCAGAUCUGCAAUUAUGGCAUGGGUGGCGGACUGUCGUCGAACCAACCGAACUCGCAGCGUUGA